UGCACAGCUCAAGGGCCUGGGCCGCUUCCUGCAGGACAACAAGCAGCUGCUGCAGGAGGCGCUGGCGCAGGACCUGCGCAAGUCAGCCUUCCAGGCGGACAUGUCCGAGAUCAUCCUGUGCCAGAAGGAGGUGGACCUGGCGCUCCGGAACCUGCAUGCCUGGAUGAAGGACCAGCCAGUGGCCAAGAACCUGUUAACGCAGCUGAGCUCCGCCUUCAUCCGGAAGGAGCCCUUCGGCCUGGUGCUCAUCCUCAGCCCCUGGAACUACCCCGUGAACCUGAGCCUGCUGCCCCUGGUGGGCGCCCUCGCGGCCGGGAACUGCGUGGUGCUGAAGCCAUCAGAAAUCAGCCAGAGCACAGAGAAGGUCCUGGCCGAGGUGCUGCCCCGGUACCUGGACCAGAGCUGCUUUGCCGUGAUGCUGGGGGGCCCCGAGGAGGCCGGGCAGCUUCUGAAACACAAGUUUGACUACAUUUUAUUUACGGGGAGCCCUCGAGUGGGCAAGAUUGUCAUGGCCGCAGCCGCCAAGCACCUGACGCCUGUCACGCUGGAGCUGGGUGGAAAGAACCCCUGCUACGUGGACGACAACUGUGACGCCCAGACCGUGGCGAACCGAGUGGCCUUUUUCCGCUAUUUCAACGCUGGCCAGACCUGCGUGGCCCCCGACUACAUCCUGUGCAGCCCCGAAAUGCAGGAGCGGCUGGUGGCCUCCUCCUUCAGCCUCCUAGCGCCCAUCCGAGCCCAGGACGUCCGCAGCAAUGACAGAAACUGCGUGGUGCUGAAGCCAUCAGAAAUCAGCCAGAGCACAGAGAAGGUCCUGGCCGAGGUGCUGCCCCGGUACCUGGACCAGAGCUGCUUUGCCGUGAUGCUGGGGGGCCCCGAGGAGGCCGGGCAGCUUCUGAAACACAAGUUUGACUACAUUUUAUUUACGGACGUGCAGGAGACGGAGCCGGUGAUGCAGGAGGAGAUCUUCGGGCCCAUCCUGCCCAUCGUGACCGUGAGGAGCCUGGACGAGGCCAUCGACUUCAUCAACCGCCGGGAGAAGCCCCUGGCCCUGUACUCCUUCUCCAACAGCAGCCAGGUAGUGAACCAGGUGCUGGCGCAGACCAGCAGUGGCAACUUCGGAGGCAACGAGGGCUUCAUGUACCAGACUCUGUGGUCCAUGCCGAUGGGGGGAGUUGGUCACAGCGGGAUGGGAAGAUACCACGGCAAGUUCUCCUUCGACACCUUCUCCAACCACCGCGCCUGCCUGCUCUCCCACGCGGGCCUGGAGAAGCUCAAUGAACUCCACUACCCGCCCUAUACCGCCAUGAAGAAGAAGCUGAUUAGCUGGGCCUUGGGCUCCCAGAGCUGCACCCUCCUGUGAGCGCUCCGCCCAUCUCCAGCGCCCCACCCCCACCCCCUCUCUCUCCACCUGCUGCCCACGUGCUCAAUCCCCAAAAAGCAGCGUCCCCUCCGAGAGUGCAAAGGUCCUGCUCCCAGGGUUUUGUCUGAACAGUCUCCCUGCUGGACAGACCUCUGCGCUGCUGGGCCCCUUCUCUCGGGGCCCAAAUGCCCUGGGCAUCCUCCUGACAGAUUCAUUGACCCUCUGCUUGGAUAUGUCUGGUGACGGAAACUUCACCCCCACAAGGUUGGGCAAUUCAGGUGGUUAGAAAGCACUCCCUUGCCCUGGCCGGUGUGGCUCAGUUGGUUGAACAUCGUCCUA